AUGGCCGAAAAUCUUCAAAAGAGAAAAAUCAAGAAAUCCCAAAUAUCCCACUGUGAUAGGUUUGGUUUCAUUCUUCCCACUGUUGAGGUUGAUGUUUGCAGUAGCUACCACAUUACCUUUGAACGUCGUCUCGUCAACUCUAAUUUGGACCAGGUGAUCGAGAAGUUUGUCAAUCUAGUAAGAGAAUAUCCAAUAGAAAAAGCUCAAAACGAUCUCUUUGGUGACCUUGGUGAUAUCAAUAACGCCGAAUGCUAUAAUAUGACUAGCGAUGUUCUUUCUGAAGCGUUGAACAUGGUUAGAAACUUCCGUGAGAGUUGUUGUCGACUAAGAGCGCCCAUCCAGAGAUGGUACGUUGAGGUUUGUAAGCUAGCUAAUGACUCCAAUUACUUGAAUCAAAAAUUGAGGGAACGAUAUCCAGAAUUUCAAGAGCUCUACUAUGUAUGUAGAAGAGAUAUCCGAGACCAAGCUUUUUUUCUCGCCAGGACAAAGUUCCACAAGAAUAUGGCAACACAUGAAGAUAUGAUGAAUACCCUUGGCUACAUAAUCGACAUCUGUGACCGAUUGAAAGAGGAAAUUGAAGGCUCCGUAGUUUUUGUUAACCACUCAGACCGCAUGACGGGCAUAUUAUCGAGAUUAUUUGAAUACAUUCGUUGCAUCACAUUGAAAGCCGACUUUAAAUGCAACAGAGAGGCUCAGCUCAAUUCUAAUUACAGGUGCUAUGACGGUUCGCAUCGAAGAAUCAAGGUGUUUUAUAAGAAUGUCGUCGAGGAGAUGAACAUACAGCCGAAUGCAGAUGAGAUUUUGUUGAAUGCAAGUAAGCUUCUUCUUACUCUCAACAAGGUUGAUAGGAACAUAGAGGUAAUUUCAGGAGUUUUGGAAGAAGCUUACAAGAGCAGCUUAUUUCCCGUUCAACAGUGGAUCAACGGGUAUAUUGAGAAAAAGCAAGCAUCGUUGGUAGAAGUUGCGGACGAAGAAUGA